AUGCGUUCUGUAGAACGAGAUCGAACUCUAAAGAUUGAUCGAGUGUCAUUAUCAGUAAUUUGUAACAACGCAACGGACAAGAUAAUAGAACGCAGCCAGAACCGUCUUCUUCGUCCGAUUUUUAUCAACGGUGUUGAAGUUGGCUUCGCCUAUGCUAAAGGCGCAAAUUCGGUCAAAAAAUUAAGCGCACGUGGGAUAACAAUUUGCUUGUGGUAUUUUAUAUCACGUGGUCAUCAAGCUCAAGCGCUUUUACCAUUUUGUUUUAAAAGCUAUCCGGAUAAAUCGAACCGCUGGGAAGAGCUUAUGGCGCUUUAUCGCAUGAACCUGGUUGAAUUUACUCCAGGAUUUGGUAGUGACAAAUACGUAGAAGUAAAUCGUAUCAUGGCAACUCGUACACGUGAAUAUGGUGGUUGCAUGGUUGCGCGAUCGCAAAUGCAUGCUAUUGUUGAACAGGAUCCAAUGCUUGAUCGGACUGUUGAACAGAAAUUACUGAUGCCGUCAUUCAAUGGAAACGAUAUUAUCUUUCCCAUUGAUGGGCCCCUUGGAAGGAAUGGAUGUACUCUUGCGGAAACACUCGUAUGUACAUUCGAUGACCCAGAAUGGUCACGCUGUGUUUUGCAACAAAUGAGUCUCCGUGAUCAACGAAUCUGGAUGACUAACCUGGCUAAUAUAAUUCAAAAUCCUCAGUGGAUAACAACUGCCGGGAAAGUGUGCCGUCAUCAGUCAUUGAAUUUUGUUACCAUUCCACCAGGUUAUCCUUCGCUCGAGGAACCGCCAUUCCAGCUUCACCCUCCUGAGACGAAUCCUCCUGACAAUCGUGGAUUUUCCAAACUUCGACGCCGAACAAGACGAAGUCGCUUUCUUGAUAACCAUGGGUAUUACCAACGACCUGGCUAUAAUAACAAUUAUGUGGAUCAUUAUUAUUCAAAUCGUCGCAGAAGCUCGAUGCCGAGCCACGGCUUUUUCGAUACAAACCAUUAUUUUGUACCUUCAUAUCGACGAAAUCCACGCAAAUAUGAAGAAAAAAAAGUAACUUACAUUGGCCGCCCGAAUUCGAUUUAUCGUUUAAAUGCUCCAUCGCGCAAUUCGACUAACAAUGAUCCCCGAAGUGCUGGACCUAGUAAGAGACCGAAAUCGGAAGCAGCCGAUAAACGUAAUCGUCUUACCAGUGUUUUUGGACAUGGCAAAGCAAGUUUUGAAUUUCAAGAUUGAGAAUAUUCAUUUCCAAGAACUUUACAGGCUAGGCCAAUCUACAACCGAAACCCAAAUUUAAUCAGAGCGAGGGAUGGUCUGAACAAACUUUCCGAUAUACUGGAGGAAAGUGAUCAGGAAGAGAAAAAACAGGAAAUAAGAGAUGAGGACAAUAAUAUGAAAGAUAAGGAUGAAAAACAGAAACAGGAGCAAGAAAAGAAGCACGAUGAGGAGCAAAGAAAGGAGAAGGAUCAAGAGCAAGAAGAGCAGAAUCAGAAGCAAAAGAAGGAGCAGGAUCAAGAGCAAGAUGAAGAUGAGAAGGAGGAAAAAAAGGAUAAGGAGCUGCCAGAAGGCAAUGAUGCUCCAGAAGAGACCAAAAAUCACUCAAUAGACGGUAAGAAAGACACGAAUGGUGCUCCUGAUGACACCGAGGGAAAUCAUCAGCUUGUAUCGGGUGGAACCUCCCUCAUUAAGAACGAAAUUGUCAUUUGCUCUAUUUCUAAUGAUGUUGAGUCCGCUGCUGUUACGACGGCUAAUUGUGAUACUGAAAAUGAUCUGAUUAACUUCUCGGACUCUGAACUGGAAAAUGGUGAUGAACAGUCUCUCCAUGAAGCAGAAAUAUUGAUGUAA